AUGAGUCAAAAAGAAGGUUCCGGUGAGAUUCAAAUCUCUGCUUCCGGUGCUCGUAUAAUGAAGGUUAAGCAAGAAGCCGGCGAGAAGAUGAAGAAGGAUGCGAAGAAGAAGAAGGCUAAAGAUUCAAUUGGAGCGAGAGUCUCCAAGCGAAUGAAGAAAAAAAAUGGCAAGAGCACCUCCUCUGGACCUCACUCUCCCUCACUGUUGAAGAGUCAGGACGUCGUUAACCUUGUCGUCCAAGCUCACGGCAAGAAGGCUUUAGCCAGAGCUUGUACUGACGACGAAACUCCCGAAACCGUUCCGGAGGGUUGGUUCUGUGUUCACGAGAAAUAUAUCUCCAAGUGUCAUCUUAGGUUCCCUCUUCCAACCCUCUUACUGGAUCUCCUAGAUCACUACCAACUGGCCCUUUCCCAACUUUGCCCCUCGGUUAUCCGAGUGGUAAACGGAUUCAUCACCAGGGCUAAGGAAGAAGGAGUUAUCGUAGGGUUGACCGAGCUGAUGAGUCUGUUUCUGAUAAAGGAGAGCUCCACCGAGGAUGGUGGAAGCGGGACCUAUUAUCUCCCCUGUCGUCCAGGGCUAGAGAUUAAGGACCCUGUCAAAUUAUCCGGUAAACUCACCAGAGCUCUCUGUAGGAAGCUGCAACACAGCCCUAAUACCUGGGGAGCUUAUACUACCACGAGAGUUGGAUCAGCUAGUUUCCCUAAUCGAUACAAGGCUUUCUUUCCUGAUUCAGUCACAGUUGUUGGUUUAGAAGUUUCUGAAGGUGAAUCGGUAUACUCUAUCUCGUCGGGAGUCAGUAACUCAGAAAGGACUCAAUCACACAAGAUGCCUAUCCAGACCUCGUGCCGUUCCAGGGGUAAAUUAACCAAAGCUGCCAGCUCCUCUCGAGGAAGCGACAAGAAUCAGGGAGGAUCCUUCCUCAGCACUGUGAAAGACGUCCUUGAUGAUAGAGGCUCUGCUCCUGUUAAAGAUGCCAGUCGCUCCGAGCCCAGGGUUCAGGAAGUUGUCCCUCACUUCGAGGUCCCAGAGAUUGAAGCUGAUCCUCAAAUGGUGAAGGAUACUCACGAGUUUGAGCCUCCGAGGAGCAAGAGAGGAGGAACCGUCGGCUGGAACUUCGCUCACUCCAAGCCUGGAUCAGUCUUGGACGACUCGUGGGGUUUGGCUACGUUGAUGAGGCACAUGAAGAGAACCGGGUGCGCCCUUCCCUCGAUCGCCAAUCUCACGAAUAAAGAGGAGUAUGUUGAGAUUGCCCAUUACAUGGGUCAGCUGGCUGGGGAUAUCAACAGGGCUCAGUUCAAGUUUGAGGAAACUGUGCACAAUGCCCCCAAUGCUGGAGAAUUAGCUCAGGUUACUGAGCUAGUCAAAGCUACCAAGAUGGAGCUUGACCAUGCUCGGGUUCAGGUGAAGGGUAGAAAAAUCGCUGAGCUGGAGUGUGCUCGGAAGGUAGCUGAGUAUCAGGUCAAGGAGCUUAUUACUUCGUCUCAAGAUAACCAGAAGAACAAGGAAGCUGAGGUCAAGCUGGCCGUCAGAAGAGGAAAGAGGGAGGUAGCCGAUGCCUACAACAAGAUCCUGGCUUCCGUGAAGGAGAAAUUUGCCAAGAAGAAGGAUGAGGUCGAGCUCCAAAUUUAUGCUCAAGAGCUUCAGGCUAACACCGACCUCUUGAAGGAUAUGCUGGAGAAUGAAAUCCAGAAUGCUGAAGGCGAGUAUAAUCGUUUGAUGGCUUUGAUGCCAGAUGCGACUGCUGCGUAUGAGAAGGCGCAGAUUUAA